AUGGGCAGGGACAUUCGCCUGGGAACGAAGGAAGUAGAGGGAGCGGCCAGCUCCGACUCGGACACAUCCACAGUGCUGCUGAUCACUGUCUGCUCUCUGGCUGCCUUCAGCACCCUCGGGGUCCCAGUGUCCCCCAAGGACUCUCACUGGCUGCUGUGCCAGUCCCAGGAGCGGUGCGGGGGCAAGUCCUAUGACCCCCUGAAUUACUGCUGCCAUGACCAGGCCGUGGUGCCCCUGUCCAGAUCCCAGGGCUGUGGCAACUGCACCUUCAGGGUCUGUUUCGAGCAGUGCUGCCCCGGCCGGCUGCCAGACGUAGACACCCUUGUGGUGAAGAUCAAGGGCCACUCGUGCAGCUCGGACCAGACACCAGGAGACAGGGUUUGCCACAGCAUCAAGACCAGGACAUGA